ACCCGGGCGCAUGAAAUGCUUAUGCUCCAGAUUCCUGCUGCCACCUGACCGAACUAUCCCAUCUUAUCGUCGACCUCCAUCGGGAGUCGGUAGAAUCGACCGUCCCUGUCGAUCUAAACGUCUCUUAAUUGCCGAGUGACGGAGCUUGGGAGCCAAUGCUGACGGGUUCCUUUUUGGGUUCCAAACUUAUGUUCGGGUGAUCCCAGUCAAACAUUUUUGUGAACAGAUGUUUGUUCAUGUAGAAAUCGUGAAUUGGUUAUCAGUGCUACAGAACGUGACUGCAGAUGUGUGCAGGAAAGCGUUGAAUCGUUAUGCCUCAUAAUGGACUUGGGUUCUGUCUUUGUCCAAACCAGAAAGUCCUGCUACUAAGGUUGUCUGUUGACGUUUUUUGUACCCAGUUGACGUUUAGAUGCAAUCCCAUAUGCUAGCGCUUGUGCUUUAUUGCAGAGCUCUUGUUCAUCGUGUGCAGAUACAUUGUAUUAUUUUGUUCGAACAUGAGCACGCAUCUCGUGUGUUGAUUUGAUGAUGCAUCAGAGCUGCAAAGGUCUUACUGCGUCGUGUCGUUAGUGCGAGCACUCAACACCCCACCUAAUAUUAACAUGCUGAUGUUGCUUAGGGUUUGUAGAAGAUGUAAAUUUACUGUUCAAGUCCAUUGUGUAGCAAGGAGCUUGCGUUGGUAUAUGUCCUCGUCAGUUUAUUUUGAUUCUAGGGGUGACGGUGAGAGUUGAUGACUAUUCUUCUCAAAAGCUCGCAAUGUAUAUCAGGUAGUUGAGGUGGAGGAACUUAUAAAGCUGUUUUGAUUAACGGAGUAGGACGAAACUGUGGUAUUAGAAUCGUCUUUGGUAUCCCAGUUUGAGGAAAUCCUGCUAGAGUUAAGACCUAACUGAAGCAUUUGUAGAUUGGAUAUGGCGAGCAAGUAAAACGCACAGAUUGGAGGAAUCCAACAAAGAUUCUCGUUUAGCUGCUUUCUAUGGGAGCAGAUCAUCGGAAUAGAAGGAAGAGGAAUUUUGCCGGUCAAUCUGCCGCCGCUGAAGCGAUGGUUAGGUCGAAGGGAAAAACUGGGUCUGGGUUUUUCCGAGCAGACGGUCGGAAUGCUAAGGUGUGGCGUGAUUCCGCAAUGAUUUCGCUCAUUCUGUUGGUUGGAGUCUUUAUUUUUCUUGGCUAUAGCUGGAGUCGCAGUGUGCCUUCUCGCACAGGGCAAGAGUAUCGCGUAUAUGGAUACAAGAUCGUUGCCGAGUAUCCUCAUGAUCCGGCCGCAUUCACUCAGGGACUAUUUUACGAUGGAAAUGACACAUUUUAUGAGUCAACCGGUCUUUAUGGCAGGUCUUCUGUACGCAAGGUGGACAUCAAGACGGGGAAGGUGCUGCGAAAACGAGGAAUGGACCGGACUAUAUUCGGGGAAGGGUUGACCCUUUGGGGUUCAAGGUUGUUGCAAGUAACUUGGCUGACAAAAAAGGGAUAUAUUUAUGACAAGAAUACUCUCAAACUGGUAGGCAGCUUCGAGCAUCCCAUGAAAGACGGAUGGGGUCUCACUUCAGGAAAGGAUCACAUAGUUGGCAGUGAUGGUAGUGCCAACAUUUACUUUAUGGAUCCCUCGAAUUUUAAAGAGACCAGGAAGGUAUUAGUCAACGAUGACGGCCAGCCUGUCCCUAACCUAAAUGAGUUGGAGUACGUUAAGGAUGAGAUCUGGGCGAAUGUCUUCCAGACAGAGUGUAUCGCAAGAAUUGCACCGCAGGAUGGGAAAGUUAACGGCUGGAUUCUUAUGCAUGGCUUGAAGAGUGCUCUAAUAACUCAAGGAGUGGUGCUUGAGGUCACACCCAAAUGUAAGAGGUUUGCACUGACGUGCACCAAUCACACAAAUCACACAGAUCUUGGGAAGGAUGUUUCUACUCACCUGCAUUCAAAAAUUAAGUUACCUUGCUCCUGUAUCUAUUGUUUUUCGUCGAUCGUUAUUUCCUGACAUGCGGUUUGCAUUUUCCAA